AUGUCUUUCGAUUUGAAUUGUUUAAAUAUUUAUAAUGAUAUUCCAUUGAUUACCAAUAAAUCCAAUAAUAUAAUUCAUCCAAUUUAUAAACCAAAUGGUGAUAAUAUUUUAUCAAAAUUUUCUUCAUUAAUAAUUCAUUCAUCAUUUUCAUCUGAUGAUCUUCAAUUAUAUAUUAAAAAUUCUCAAAAGAAUUCUUUGAAAUUUCCAUCAAAAAUGCUUUCAUCUUUGAUUAUUUAUUCGACAACUUCAAUAAUUGUUAAUGGUUCAAAAUCAAUAAUGAUAAAAUCAUUUUCUGAUUAUUAUGAUAUUAAAGAAUUAAAUCAAAUUAUUAAUAAUAUAAAUGAACAUUUAGAUUAUUUCAAUUCUUUAAUUGUUAAUAAUGAAAUUUUAACAAAAAUUUUUCGACAAUUUACAAAUUCUUAUACAAAUUUAUUAAAUUUAAAUAAAAGAAUUUGUGAUUAUAUUAAUAAAAAUGAUAAUAAUGAAAUUGAAAAAAAAAUCUUUUUUUUAAAAAAUUUAAUUGAAGAACAAAUGAAAUUUUUUAUUGAAAUAUUAAAUGGACAAAUUUUGAACAAAAUAAAUUUAAAAUUAUUUAAUAAUAAACAAGAAGACAAAAUUCAUUCAAUUAUUUCAUUCAUUACCAAUUUCAUUUUUAUUAUUAUUUCAAUAUUAAUUAUUCUUCCAUUCACUUUUUUAAUUAUUAUUAUUUCAAAAUAUAUUUUUUUUUAUAAAAAUCAUCGAAUUAGAAAUAAUAAUCGAUUACAAAAUCAAUUUCAAUCUCUUGAUGUUCAACAAUUACAAUCAUCUCAUAUUCAUAGUUAUAAUCAACAACCAUCUACAACACAUCCUUCAAGAUCAAAUCAUAAGACAUCAUCAAAGAAAUCAAAAUCAAGAAAAGAAAAGAAUUAUCAUAGAAAUAGAAAUGGUGAAAGAAGUUCUUCACUUAUUAAUAAUAAUCAAUCAAGAACUGUUCAUAAUCAUAAUUUAUUUCUUUGUUUAAUACGUAUUAAUUUUGGUUUAUUAGUCAUUUUUUUAAUAAUUCUAUCAUUAAUAACUAGUCUUCUAUAUGGAAUUGAUAUGAUUUUACAGAGUUCUUGUCAAGUAAUUCAUUAUGAUCAACCAUUUUUAAUUUCAUAUGUUACAGAUAAUUUUAUAAAAUCGAUCGAUGAUUUUGAUGUAAAUGCAACAUUGAACAAUUUAAUAAAUGAUUGUUCAAAUAAUAUUCAUUUUAGUAAAAAAUUUUUGGAAAAAUUUUCUUUAAAAUUAGAUGAUGAAUUAAUAAAAAUAAUUGAACAAUUAAAUACAAAUAUUUAUAAUCAAUUUCAAUCAUCAAUUCCAAUAAAAAAUAUUUCAUCAGAAUUUCAUUUAUUUAAUAAUUUUGUUAAUUUAACUGGUUUAACAACUCUUCAUGAUCGUUUAGUUCGAAUUGAAAAUAAUUUUAAUAAAAUUAAUCAAAAAUUUACACAAAUUAUUCAACAAAAUUCAAAAUUAUCAAAUAAUUUUAUGACAAAAAUAAUAAAUCAAUUUAAAUUAUUACUUCAACGAAUACUUGAAUCAACAAUUGAUUCUUGUCCAUUACCAAUCAAUGAUAUUUAUAAAAUAGAUGAAUUAAUUUGUCAUAAAACAACAAAUAUAAUUAAUGGUUUAUGGAUGAAAAUUCUAUUAUUUAUUUUUACUAUUGUAUUUGGACUUUAUAUUUUUGGUAUAUACAUAUAUAAACAACUCAAUUAA